ACCACAGAGAAUCGAGUCGUAAGUUUAGAUUCGGAAGAGAAGGAAAGGGACGUGCGAGCGAGCGAGGUAGUUAACUGCAGGUCCCAAUAUCUGUUUGGUCCUUCUUCAUUUAGGUCCGCCUAUCAACACGCCCUUGUCCUUGUAAUAAAUACCGUAGACAACGACAGCUUACUGGGGCUAGUUUUCGGUUUUUCUCUCCCUGUUCUGACCACCUGCAUCCCAGAUCAAGGUGCACACUUCGUCCUUCCCUGCAGCAGAAGACCAUGGAGACAGAAGUUGAUCAGCAGGAAGAAACCUCAUUCAGCAACACGGAGACAAAUGGUAAGCGCCCCGCUGAGGAUGCAGAUGAGCAGAAAUCAUUCAAGCGCUCCAGAAACUCCGAUGAGAUGGUUGAGCUCCGUAUUCUCCUGCAGAGCAAAAAUGCAGGAGCUGUGAUUGGGAAGGGUGGCAAAAACAUCAAAGCUCUUCGUUCAGAUUACAAUGCCAGUGUGUCAGUCCCAGACAGCAGUGGGCCUGAGCGAAUCCUAAGCAUCAGUGCAGAUAUUGAUACUAUUGGAGAAAUUCUGCUGAAGAUUAUCCCAACAUUAGAAGAGUACCAGCAGUACAAUGGUGUGGAUUUUGACUGUGAGCUCCGUUUGCUGAUCCACCAAAGCCUGGCUGGCUCAAUUAUCGGGGUGAAGGGAGCGAAGAUCAAAGAGCUCCGUGAGAACACAAAGACCAGCAUCAAGCUGUUUCAGGAGUGUUGUCCCCAGUCGACAGACCGUGUGGUGCUUGUUGGUGGUAAAAUGGAGAGGGUGGUGGAGUGUAUCAAGACUAUGCUGGAGCUUAUUACUGAUGCUCCUAUAAAGGGUCGCACACAGCCCUAUGACCCCAACUUUUAUGACGAAACGUACGAUUAUGGUGGCUUCACCAUGAUGUUUGAGGAGAGAGGGGGUGGACGUAGAGCCAUGGGGGGCUUUCCUAUGCGAGGAAGCAGGUCUAGGGACGUCGGUGGUGACCGUGGGUAUGACCGAAUGCCCUCCAGUAGAGGGGCGCGUGGACCCCCGCCUCAUUCCCGUCGGGACUACGAUGAUAUCAGCCCCCGUCGAGGUCCUCCCCCACCCCACCACAGUCGGGUUGGCAGGGGGACGGGCCGUCCACGKAACAUGCCAAUGGGUCACCCCUACAGAGGAGGCCGAGAUGAGCGUUACUAUGACUCGUACCGAGGCUCAGAUGACAGGUCAAAUGACAGAAGAGGCAGACCGGAUCGCUACAGCGAUAGCAUGAGUGGUGGAUAUGAUAACAGUUCAUCCUGGGAUUCCUACCAGUCAGGGGGACGUGGCUCCUAUAAUGACAUGGGUGGUCCCAUCAUCACCACACAAGUGACGAUCCCUAAAGAUCUGGCUGGCUCUAUCAUCGGUAAAGGAGGCCAGAGGAUCAAACAGAUCCGCCAUGAGUCUGGGGCAUCCAUAAAGAUCGAUGAACCUUUGGAAGGUUCAGAGGACAGAAUCAUUACCAUUACUGGCACCCAGGACCAGAUCCAGAACGCUCAGUACCUUCUGCAGAACAGUGUGAAGCAGUACUCUGGUCAUUUGCUGUAGACUCAGAAGACGUAGAUCAAGACGACUCAGAUUGAACUCACUCUUCCACAGUCUUUUUGCCCUGGUCCAAAACGUCCUCUUCAGACUAUUAUUCUGGAUUGGUGGUGUUUUUUUUUUAUUAUUAUUAUUUUAUUUUUGUAUUUUAAAAAGAAAUGUCCAACAUUCCUGUACAUCAGAGAAAAUGUAGAUCAUCUGCAUUUAAGUGUGAAGUCCUAUAGUUUGCCAGAUUUUGCUUUGACCCCCCUUUCUUUUUUUUCUUUUUGUAAUUCUCAUAUAUCAAAAUAUUUCAGACCUCCAGCAGAUAAAAAUAAACAUUUAUUUUUUAAUGUUCUUUUUAAUGACUGUGUAUGAUUGUUUCUGUAAAUUUGUUUUUUGUGUGCGCAUGUCUUUGUGGAUUGGUAUGCUUCCUGCAGUCUGUCUUUUCACAUCCAUUUAUACCCAACCACUCUGAGCAACCUUCAAAAUACAAAAUAUUUCUUUUGUUAUCUUUUUUGAGAGCUCCAGGAACUUUCAUCUUGUUAAAAAGAUUUUUGCAAUGUUUAAGGAAGAGUUGUGUACAUGAGAUGCAGGACAGACUAAUUUUAAUGAUUUAUAAUAGUUGUGUAAUAAACCUGAAUAAUUUGAUUUACUUUGAAAUGUAAACGUGUGUUUAGUAGCUUAAAAUUGAAGGCAUUUUUCUGGUUUCUUUGAUACACUGAACUCUUCUACCUUGUCUCUGGGAGUUCCUGUGCUCUACGCUUGUAUGCUGUCCAUCUUGUGAGUUUCAUAUUGUCACAUUGUAAGAGAAAUAAAGAUGAUGCCACUUUUUACUGAA